UUGCUACCCUAGGUUUCUUUUGUUUAAUAUUUGUCUGGAUUGCCUGUUCCCAUAAAUUGACCUUUAAUCAGUUAGCUUUGUUCUUAAGAUUGGUUUAAAAUUAGAAUAAUAGGGAGGGGCAUGGGAGGGUGGGACGUCCAAUUUAAACCCAGCCCAGUGAUUACAUUAGCUGGGCGCUGAUUAGGUUAGGAUGUUGCCCAGGGGUAAAGCCAGGAUCUUUGGGACCUGGCUUCAUUUGGAGUUCAGCUACCAAGAGGAAACCUUCCUCUGGGUCCUGGAGUAUUUGGCCUGAAACUGAGAAUUUGAAAGUUGCUGCUCCAGGGCGCUCCCUGCGGAGCUCGGCCGCCAGCCUCUCCGCCCGGCCUUUCCCGGCGUCCCCACGCGGGGCGCAGCCGCGAGAAAGGAACGCAGGUCACACCGUCAGCGCCCAGAGCAGCGCCAGUUUCCGGGCCCGGCCUGCUCUGGGAGCCAUGAGCUGCGGCCGCCCCCCUCCCGACGUGGACGGUAUGAUCACCCUCAAGGUGGACAACCUGACCUACCGGACCUCUCCCGACAGCCUGAGACGCGUGUUCGAGAAGUACGGGCGCGUGGGCGACGUGUACAUCCCGCGGGAGCCCCACACCAAGGCGCCCCGGGGCUUCGCCUUCGUCCGCUUUCACGACCGGCGCGACGCGCAAGACGCCGAGGCCGCCAUGGACGGGGCGGAGCUGGACGGACGUGAGCUGCGGGUGCAGGUGGCGCGCUAUGGCCGCCGGGACCUGCCCCGCAGCCGCCAGAGAGAGCCACGAGGCAGGUCCGGAGGCGGCGGCUACGGACGGCGGAGCCGCAGCUACGGACGGCGGAGCCGCAGCCCCAGGCGGCGACACCGCAGCCGAUCCCGGGGUCCCAGCUGCUCCAGGUCCCGCAGCCGAUCUCGCUAUAGGGGUUCUCGCUAUAGCCGGUCUCCCUAUAGCCGAUCUCCUUACAGCCGGUCACGCUACAGCCGCUCUCCCUACAGCCGAUCUCGCCACAGGGAUUCUCGCUACGGCGGAUCUCGCCACAGCUCAUCUGGUUACAGUAACUCUCGCUACGGCCGCUCUCGCUACAGCCGAUAUCACAGCAGCCGGUCUCACUCGAAGUCUGGGUCCUCCACUAGCUCUCGCUCUGCAUCAACCUCCAAAUCGAGCUCUGCGCGACGAUCCAAGUCCUCCUCGGUCACCAGGUCUCGCUCACGGUCCAGGUCUUCAUCUGUGACCGGGAGUCCUCCCCGGAUAUCCAAGAGGAAAUCCAAGUCCAGGUCGCGAUCCAAGAGGCCCCCCAAGUCUCCCGAAGAGGAAGGACAGACGUCCUCUUAAGAAAAUGAUGCAUCAGGAAGCAACAUGAUGGAGGACUUGGGGAAAAGGAUCACAUACUCAGUCCAUGGAAGCAACGUCCCUGGAAGAAGGGGCUGCCUAUUGAAAAGGCCCGGCUGCGUAGCAGUUGAGUGAUGCUGGUUAGCUAUUAAGGUGGCCUGUUGCAGUGCAGAGUGCUGAGCUGCUUCCUGUUUUCUUCUGAUUGCUCCUGGGGAAAACACGCCUUGUCCUGAAGAACAAAUGGCUGUCCAGUUUAUUAAAAUGCCUGUCAACUGCACUUCCAGCCACCCAGGCCUUGCAGAUAAAUAAUGGAGCAUGCAGUGAGCACAUCUAGCUGAUGAUAAUCACACGUUUCCCCCCGUCUUUUCUGAAAAAUUGUAACUCUGAUCAUAUCAACAUGUAUGAACUUAAAAUAUGGAGAAUGUUAUGUAAGAAAUGGUUUAUAAGUUUGUGGAGUACUUAAAACGUGUAUCUUUUUGAUUAUGAAUUUUUUUACGCUAACCAUUGUUUCUGUAGUUAAAAUUGUUUUCUUGGUGUUAUCUUUUCUCAAAAUUAGAAACUUUUGAUGGAAAGUAGGUUGUUUUAUUUUCUGUAUGACUUUUGGAUAUUUGUACUUUUGAGAAAAUUGUUAGCACCAAGUGUUUCUCAAAAUAUAAUUUUUAAAAAAUCCUUAAUAGGCUUUUAGCCAUGUGCUUUAUUGUUUUAUCACAAUGCAGUUUAUUUGUAGUUUCUCUCUUUUCUCCUCAUACCUAUGGUUUUUUUACCUCUAAAAUUAUUUCCAAAUAAUCCAUUUUUGGCUUUCAUUAUUAUCCCUACUGGAUGUUAUGUGUUCUUUUGCAAUUGUUUCUGCUUAUACCUUUACUAGCAAAGGGAAAAAUAACAAUUUGAUGUCUAUGAUCUAGUGACAAUAGGAUUAUAUUGGAGCCAGUUGAAUAAAUUUAUUCUUUCAAUCAUAUAGAUCUUCAUUAAUAUUUUUGACUGAAUUAUCAAUUAAAAAUAUUCCAGUUCCUUUGUGCAGAAACUGCUAAACCCAGGAUUCAAUUCUUGAAUGAACUGGCAAGGUGGCGGUGGUCUGUAGAUAUAAAUCCCACAUUUUGUUGUUACAACAGUUAGUAGUUAAUAUUGUUUUCAUAUAUAGACUCCAGAAUCUAAAUUUUACCAUAAUGACAUUUCUUCUGGUCAUGACAAAUGUGAUAUUUUACCAGUGUAAAUCUACGUAGAAUGCAAAGACACACACAGAGCAGUCCUGUCUGAGAAAUAAAAAAUCAGGAUACCCAUGGCAUUGUAGUAGCCACUCACGUCCAGCAGGUGGCGAAGGGAGGUGAGGUAUAUUUAUUAAAUGGGACGGAGUGGGACGGGUACGGGGCAGCCCUAAGGGUAGGGGAGCAUUGUCAAUUUCUAGGGGUAGUAUGAGACCCAGGUGUAGCUGGAGUUUGAAGCUUUGAAGCAAAAAUAUCUGUAGAACAUCUUAAACAUGUGACCAAAUAUGAUGUUAAAAUCAGCAGCUUUUUAUACGUUAAAAACUUUGAAACCUAGGGCCGGGCAUGGUGGCUCACGCCUGUAACCCCAGCACUUUGGGAGGCCAAGGCAGGUGCAUCACCUGAGGUCAGGAGUUCAAGACCAGCCUGACCAAUAUGGUCAAACCCUGUCUCUACUAAAAAUACAAAAAUUAGCCUGGCAUGGUGGCGCAUGCCUGUAAUCCCAGCUACCUGGAGGCUGAGGCAGGAGAAUCGCUUGAAACCGGGAGGCGGAGGUUGUGGUGAGCUGAGAUCAUGCCAUUGCACUCCAGCCUGGGCAACAAGAGUGAAACUCCAUCUCAAAAAAA